AUGUUCAAGUGAGUGCCCGUUUUACGAUGUAAAAAUCUAAGAUAAUUAAUUUAGAACAAAUUAUUAUUAUUCGACAAAACCCGAUUAAAUUAGUACGUAAUAUUAUACCGGGCCGCGCCGUGUGUUACAAACGGGGCGUAUUCGACCGCGAGGUUUCAAACAUACUUAUACAGCCUACGUUCGUUAUACCGAUCGUUUGACAUCUGUUUUGUCGAAUAUUUUCACUAAUAUUUUCCAUCACACCGGCGAGUUAUUCGAAAACUCAACCGAAUCCCCGUUCCCUCGAAAUAUCGUUGGUAAACAAUUGUUCGUUUUUGUUGCACAGGUACACGAUAUUGUUCGCAGCUCUGGCCGUGUCGGCGUCGUUGGCCAACAGCAUUCCCGUGGCCAGCCAAGAGCCCAGCCCGGCAGAGUCCAACAUAGUGGUGCACAAGAAAAUCGUCUUCAAGCCGCAGAACCCGGUGCCGGUGUCCGAGACCAAUGUCGAAGCUGUGCCGGAACAGUCGUACGACGCCGCCUCACUGGUGGACACCGGUCUGUCGGGUCUGCACCAUCUGAUUAGCGGACCGAAGAAAAUAGUCGGCGCCGUGGCCAGUUACGUGUUCAGCACCCUGAAGUCGAUGGACGCGAAGAAAAUCUUCAAAAUCGUACUGCUGGGCGCCUUGGUCACCGUUUUGGGAUCCGUUGCCGCCGUGGCCGUGGCCGGUCUCGUGUCCAUCAUCUCGGGCAUCUGCGCCGUGCUCCCGUACGUCCGGUUCUUCUUCGGCGGUGAAUUCGCCCAACUCUCUGAAGCCCACGUGGACACGCUCAGUGAUUUCGUUUUGGGCGCCUUCGACAAAUACGAGAACCUCAUCCAACACCAUAAUAAGGCAUAG